AUGAUCAGCAUCGACCUCGACCCCCUCACCGGUCUCCCGCGCGGACUCGACUCUGCCCCGUUCGUCCUCGAGGACCACCCGGUCGGCGAGUCGGGUCGCAAGUUGAAGGUCGCCAUGAUCGGAGCGGGCUUCUCAGGCAUCAUCGCCGGUAUCCGCAUCGACCAACACCUCAAGGACCACGUCGAGCUCGACAUCUUUGAGAAGAACCACAGCGUCGGCGGUACCUGGUUUGAGAACAACUACCCUGGCCUUUGCUGCGACAUCCCCGCACACUGCUACAGCUUGACCUUUGAGCCCAACCACCGCUGGACCAACUUCUACGCCUCAGGCCGCGAGAUCCUCGCCUACCUCCAGCGCGUCUCGGCCAAGUACAAGCUCGAGCGCUUCCUCCGCUUCGGUCACAAGCUCACCGCCGCCAAGUGGAACCACAAGACCUCUCAGUGGCACCUCUCGUUCGACAUUGUCGACGAGAAGGAGAACAAGGUCGGCGAGAAGGAGGCGGUUGUCGAUGCGGUCAUUCAGGGAAUGGGUGGUCUGUCGAGGUGGGACUGGCCCAACAUUCCGGGCAUCAAGGAGUUCAAGGGCCGGCUCCUUCACUCGGCGGCUUACGAGACCAAGGCCGAGGACGAGAAGGACAAGACGGUUGCUGUGAUCGGCUCGGGAUCCUCCGCGAUCCAGAUCGUCCCCGCCCUCCAGCCUCACGCCAAGCGUGUCGACAACUACGUCCGCGGUUCCGCCUGGAUCGCCACGCCUUUCGCCUCGACCGAGCUCCUCAAGCGCAAGCCUGACGCGAACAACUACACCUUCACCGAGGAGGAGAAGGAGCGGUUCGAGAAGGACCCGGCUUACUACCACGAGUUCCGCAAGUCGAUGGAGAAGGAGCUUAAUGCGGUCCACGGCGUUACCCUCAAGGGCAGCGAGUUGCAGACUGGCGCCGUUGCCGCCUUCCGCGAGCUCAUGGAGAAGAAGCUCGAGACCAAGCCCGAGAUCGCCAAGGUCUUCAUCCCGACUUUCGCGGUUGGCUGCCGUCGCUUGACCCCCGGACCAGGCUACCUCGAGGCGCUCACGAGCGACAACGUCGACUUUGUCUCGACCGGCAUCAAGCGCAUCACCGAGACUGGCAUCGAGACCACCGACGGCAAGCACCGCGAGUACGACACGAUCGUCUCGGCUACUGGUUUCGACACGUCGUUCCGCCCGCGCGUCCCGAUUGUCGGCAAGAAUGGCAGCGACGUCCGAGACCUGUGGGAGGACAUUCCCUCGUCGUAUCUGUCGAUGUUUAUCGGACCCGACCACCCCAACUACUUCAUCAUCAAUGGCCCGAACAGCUCGCUCGGGUCGGGCUCGCUCCUCGUCGUGUUUGAGAAAGAGGUUGACUACAUCGUCAAGUGUCUCGGCAAGAUGGUCUGUGAGAACGUUAUUACAAUGGCCGCGAAGCAAGAGGCUGUUAACGACUGGCAGGAAUACGUCCACACCUACUUCCAGAAGACCGUGUUCUCGACGAAGUGCCGCUCAUGGUACAAGCGGGGCUUGGAGGAGGGACCCGUAACAGCAUUAUGGCCUGGGUCGGCGUUGCAUGCCAUCAAGACGAUCGAAAACCCGCGGUGGGAAGACUUCGAGUACACGCGCUCGAACAAGAACCGCCUCGCGUGGCUCGGCAAUGGCUGGAGCAAGACGGAGCUCGAGGGCGGCGACACUGCCUACUACCUCGACGAGAUCGACUACCCUCCCGUCCCCAAGUAG